AUGGUCGAUCGUAUUAUGGUGUACGACACGGUAUCCUCUGCCCUCUCUCGCCUCGAUUUCCAUGAAGCUGUGGCCGAACGAAUCGUUCGUCGGCUCCAUACUGAUGGGGCGAGGCGCACGUCGACACUGGCAGAGCCAAGGAAUAGUGCCUGGGACCGAUCGGCGGCAACGGAACUUUCGGAGGCUAAUGGCUGGUGCGGUCAGCCGUGUGGCGUGUCGGUGUUGCUGUGUCUGCGCCAUCAUCGACGUCUCUUGAUGGCUGAAUGCGCUACUGUGGCAAUGACUACUGCCCCUCCUCCUCCUCCUCCUCCUCCUCCUCCUCCUCCUCCAGGCCGACAUGGCAUUGCUGCCUCGCCGCUAGCACUGCCCGUGUAUUUCGGUGCCAGCAGAAAACUCCUUCGGGAAGAAUGGAAAACCGUACGCGUAUCGGCUCUCUCGCCCGGUACCUCGCAAAGGCCACAGACCGGCAGUCUAAAUAUGAAUAGACGCAUCUGUGCUGAUGUGGUGGCACUAGUCAAGCCUUCGCAUGGCAUCCAGGGGACCCAAUGA